AUGGAAACAUCAGAGGGUGCGGCCCAAGAGGCAGCACCGCAGGUCGUCUUCCGUGCAAACAAACGGAGAAAGGUCUACCGCCAACGCGACCGGGAGGCGGACGAUACCCAAGCAGCGCCCGAAGCCACCCGGAAAUCUGCUGCAGAUGCCGCCACCGAAGCCGACCGACAGUCAUCCCCCGACGAGGAAGGACUCACCGUCGCCGAGGCCCUUCGCCGCCGCAACGCCCGAAAAGCAGCCCGCCUCCGCGGCGUAGAGUUCAGAGCCGGCCGCGAGGGGUCGGCAGCACAAGAGGAGGAGGAUGGCAACCCCGAGCGCGCCCUGGUCCCGGCAGCAGCAGCCGCCGAGGCAGACCCGCUGGCGGGAGCGAAGCGCUUCGCGCCGCAGACGGGGCUGGUCGGCGAGCUGGUUAACAAGCACAUGGAGGAAUACAUAGAGUCACAACUGGCUAGGCGGCACGCCGCCGAGAAGGGAGCGCUGGCGGACGGCGGACAGGCCGCCGGAGGAGGAGGAGCGGGACAACAAGCGGGCGGCGCGCCGGGCGCGACGCUGCUCCCCGCGCUGCCGCCGGCCAAGGCGGGCAAGCUGCAGGAGAUCGACCUCGGCGACGAGGCGCGCGCGCGCAACGUGGCCAUGACGGAGAUGGCGCGGCGCAGGCUGGCGGGGCUGGCGGCCGACGACGAGGCGCCUCUGAAGCAGAGGCUGGGCCCGGACGGCAAGCCGUGGAGGGGCAGGAAGCGGCGCGGCAGCGAGGACAUCAAGCGCGACCAGCUGGUGGAGGAGUUCCUCCGGGAGAACAAACUGGACGUCUACGACCUGGAGGCGCAGAAGCAGGCUGCGCAGGCGCCGGAGGACGAGGACGAGGCGGCGGACGACAGGAUCGCCGAGGAGUUCCGGCGCGAGUUCAUGGAGGCCAUGUCAGAGCGGGUGCGGCGGCGGAGGCGGCCGGCGGGGCAGCAGCCGAGCAAGAGCAAGCCCGGGGCCAAGAAGGACGAGGAGAUCCUCCGGGGCCCGAAGCUGGGGGGCAGCAGGAACGUCAGGUCUGCCAUGCGGGACUUGCUCCUGCAGCAGCAGGAGGCUGGGAAGAAGAGGAGGUGA